GGAAAGUUCUUAACUGAUUUUCUGUGCGAUACGGGGCAAUGUCUAGGAACCUGUAAAACGUCAAAGACUGUCAACUCAAAGUAUUCGCACAUAAGGCAGGUGAGAUGUCGCGUGAAAUGCAGCUGUUUAAACUGUGCAGAGGAACCUUCGGACAGGUGCGAUGUCUGCACAAGACGGCGCCUACGGCUGCAGCAGCGGCGGCAGCUGCCCCGGCCAAAACAAAGACCUUUUCAAUCUAUCGGUUCAACCCUGAGGACCCCAGCAAGAAGCCGUACAUGCAGGAAUACACUGUGGAUAUGAACAACUGCGGCCCCAUGGUUUUGGAUGCCUUGAUCAAGAUCAAGAAUGAAAUUGAUCCUACGCUCACCUUCCGCAGGUCAUGCAGGGAAGGUAUUUGUGGAUCUUGUGCCAUGAAUAUUGGUGGUGUUAACACCCUUGCUUGUAUCAGUAAAAUUGACACCAGUUCGAGUAAAUCGACGAAAAUCUACCCAUUGCCACACAUGUACGUGGUUAAGGACCUUGUUCCAGACAUGAACAACUUUUAUAACCAAUACAGGUCAAUCGAGCCAUGGCUGCAAAGGAAGGACGAUUCGACGAAGAAGUCCGGACCAAGGCAACAGUAUCUGCAAAGCAUUGAAGACAGGGCGAAGUUGGAUGGUUUGUACGAGUGCAUUUUGUGCGCUUGCUGUUCGACAUCUUGCCCCAGUUACUGGUGGAAUGGAGACAAGUAUUUGGGACCUGCAGUUUUAAUGCAGGCUUACCGUUGGAUUAUCGACUCGAGAGAUGAAGCGACGGCCCACCGUUUGGACAAAAUGAGGGAUCCCUUCUCCGCUUUCCGUUGCCAUACUAUUAUGAAUUGUACCAGGACUUGCCCUAAGGGCUUGAACCCCGGAAAAGCCAUUGCGGAAAUCAAGAAAUUCUUGGGAGGAGUCGCUAACAAGGAAGCACCGAAACUCAAAACCGACGCUUUGCAAAGUUAAUAAGUGAAUACGUUUUUAUUUGUAUUAUAUACCAAUUUUAGGGAUUAUUACUGUACUGUAGAAAUUCAGUAUUUUAUUUGCACUACUUAAUUUUUUCUUAAUUUUCGAUCAAAUCAGUUUCGUGUAAAGUGUUAAAUUUAUCAAUCAGAUUGAAAAUGUAAAUAAAGCUUUCUGUUAUUAAAUAUAUUUAUUUCAUACAAUAA